GGAGACUUAAACCCCAAGAACCGAACAAAACAAAGAAGUGAAGAUGGAAGGCUUUCUGGAAAAAAUCGGGGAGUUUGGCCCCUACCAGCGGCAGAUGUUCCUUCUCCUCUCCCUGCCCACCAUCAUCGUGUCCAUGCAGAAGCUGGCGUGGGUAUUCCUCGGAGCCAAAGUCGACCACAGGUGUAGGAUGUCCUGGGAAGAGGAGAACGCCACCUUCCCGAUGGAUCCUGCGUUAGUGAACCUAUCCAUCCCGUGGGACGCCGCUCGAAAGGCGCCCGACCAGUGCGCCAUGUGGAGCAACGUAACGGAAGAUUCAACGAGUCGACCAAAUGACAGCAUCAUUAUGCCUUGCGACGCCUACGUUUACGACACAUCAACGUACAAAACAAGCGCAGUUAUUGAUUACGAACUAGUGUGCGACCGUGCGUGGAUGGGAGCGAACGUCCAGAGCGUGUACAUGGUAGGGAUGCUGGUCGGCUCCUACCUCUUCGGCGAUCUGUCCGACAGAUUCGGCCGAAAACCCAUGUUCUUGAGUGCCUUAGUAAUGAUGGUGGUCGUCGGGGUGGGCCAGGCAGCCAUCCCCGAGUACUACACCUUCACAAUGCUCCGUUUCGUGCUUGGGGCUUCUCUCCAGGGGGUCUUCCUCGUCGCCUACGUCAUGGNGAUGGAACUGGUGGGCAAGAAGAGGCGCGUGCUGGUCGGGGUUUUAGCGCAGGCCUUCUACACCAUCGGGUACUUCACCGCGGCGGUGCUGGCCUGGGGAAUCCCCUCCUGGCGGUGGCUGCAGAUCACCAUGACCCUGCCGGCGGUCCUCUUCAUUCCGUACUACUGGGUGAUCCCCGAGUCCUCCCGCUGGCUCAUCAGCAAGGGCCGGGCGGCGGAGGCCAAGGUCAUUCUCGAGAAGAGACCAACUACGAACUCUCGCCAGGUAUCGGAGGAGAUGAUCCUGCAGGUGGUGGAGCUUCCGAAGACGGCGAAGGACUCGGGGAAGGGCAACUUCCUGGACCUCUUCCGCUAUCCGAACCUGAGGAGGAAGACGCUCAACAUUUUCUUCAACUGGUUCGUCAACAGCGGGGUCUACUACGGCCUGUCCUUGAACACGGGCAACUUGGGCGGGAAUGACUACCUUAACUUCGUGAUAAGCGGAGCCGUCGAACUGCCUGCUCACGCCCUCACCAUCCUGCUGCUGGACCGCGUGGGGCGUCGCAUUCCCCUUUGUGCCUUUCUGCUACUCGGCGGGGUGUCCCUGCUGAGUACCAUGUUUAUUCCAGAAGGAACCACGUGGCUGCUGAUCUGCGCGUCCAUGUUCGGGAAAUUCUGCAUCACCGCCACCUACGCCAUCAUCUACGUGCUGACGGCCGAGAUCUUCCCGACGGUGGUACGCAACGUGGGCGUAGGGGCGUCAUCCAUGGUGGCGCGGGUGGGCGGGGCACUCGCGCCCUUCGUCAACCUCCUGGGCGCCCAGUGGCAGCCGCUGCCCCUCAUUAUCUUCGGUGCCAUGGCCUUCGCGGCUGGCACUCUGUCUCUCCUGCUGCCAGAGACACUUAACCGACGUCUUCCAGAAACCAUAGAGGAUGGGGAGAACUUUGGGAGGGGAUCGACCGAGAGGGACACGGCGGCGGUGACUGCGGACGCCGACCAGCUGCAGAACCUGACGGAGCAGCUGAGUCCCGUGAGCGAACACUCGCCCACCCUCCUGGCCAAGAACAACCGCACGCCCUUCGCAGAACCCCAGCAGAACGAGGAACGGAACCCGGUGUUAAACGAACAGGAGGACGCUAGAUGUUAAUGAUGCGGUUGUCUAGGUUGCUUCGCGAGAGGAGUGUGAGAAUGUGGAAAAGGUUUUUGACUUCUGCUGCUCCGAACUGAAACACUCCUUUGUUUGCCUUUUGGUUGUUGUUGUUGCUACAGAAGCUAUUUCCAUUCGAAGUUCUCCUCAUACAUUUUCCCGUGCAUUUCAUGACCAUUACGAAUGAAUUUCAUUGCAUUAUCGCAUUUUCUUUUCGAAACAGUUCACGUCACAAAGCAGGCAUUUCACCACGCAUUUCAAACACUUCUUCUGGUGCUUUCCAGUCUGCCAAACCGAGGAUAUUUGGGACCAUUCGCAAUCCCGCGGCCACUUAAAAAAAAAGAACAAAAACUCAAAAAAGCCAAAGAAAUAUAUCCUUCCGGUUUGGAAGUUUGGAAAAAAGAGCUUAAAACUCAAUAAUUUCAUAUUCCUCUACGCCCAUAUUUCUUUGCGACAGUUGUACAAG